AUGACAAAUGGAUAUUUGGCACACCAGGAAGAGCAGCACAGGAGCUUGCAUCAUGUAACAAAAUUGAGCUCAGCUGAGAUCCUGCCAGACUCCAGCAACAAGAGUCAAUUUAACAAGCAAGAGAAGGAGAGGACACUUGAAGGUCAUAGACUGCCGUUGACACCUACAGAAGCCUUGAACCACUUUAGAAGUUGUCUAACGGAGUAUGAGCAGGAAGAGAUAAUAGACUACACUGAGGUGUGGUUUCUUGGUCAAGAUUCUGAAAAGGUUGAAGGUAUCCCUGGAGGUGGUCACAACUGUGGGUAUGAUGACGAUCAUGGAAGUUAUUUCAAGGUUUUACAUGACCAUAUUGCAUACAGAUUUGAAGUUUUAGAAGUCAUUGGAAAAGGCUCUUUUGGCCAGGUUGUCAAAUGUUUAGACCACAAAACAAAUGAGCUUGUUGCUAUUAAGAUAAUCCGCAACAAGAAAAGAUUUCAUCAUCAAGCCCUGGUGGAACUAAAAAUACUUGAUGCACUUCGUAGAAAUGACAAAGAAAAUGCUUACAAUGUCAUACAUAUGAAGGAUUACUUUUAUUUCCGAAAUCACCUCUGUAUUUCUUUUGAACUUUUGGGGCUUAACUUGUAUGAGCUUAUAAAGAAAAACAACUUUCAAGGAUUUAGCAUGGCCCUCAUACGUCGCUUUGCCUAUGCCAUACUGAAAUGCCUACAGUUGCUCCACCGUGAGAAGAUCAUCCACUGUGAUCUUAAACCGGAAAAUAUUCUACUAUUCCAGAAGGGACAGGGAACAAUUAAAGUGAUUGAUUUUGGAUCAAGCUGCUAUGAACACCAAAGAGUCUAUACAUACAUCCAAAGCAGGUUCUAUCGUUCUCCAGAGGUGAUUCUAGGCCACCCUUAUGGUAUGGCGAUUGAUAUGUGGAGCUUGGGCUGCAUAUUGGCUGAACUAUACUCUGGUUAUCCCCUUUUCCCUGGAGAGAAUGAAGGGGAACAGUUAGCUUGUAUUAUGGAGGUGCUUGGACUUCCACCUGACGACUUUGUUCAGACAGCAUCAAGAAAACGUUUGUUUUUUGAUUCUAAAGGUUUUCCAAGAAAUGUUACUAACAGCAAAGGCAGAAAAAGGAAACCUAAUUCUAGAGACCUUGCUACUGUUCUGAAAAUAAAUGAUCCUCUAUUCCUUGACUUCUUGAAAGGAUGUCUGAUGUGGGAUCCACUGCAGCGUCUGACACCUGAUGAAGCUAUGCAGCAUGAAUGGAUACAAGAACUACGAUCUAACAAAGGUCGUUCUAAAACACGUGCUGCAAGAAAGGGGCCAGAUGAUGUGACUCCAGUUUUUGACAACAGUUUUGACAAACUCUACAGGAAGACCUCAGUGGCCAGAAAAGAUGACAAAGGGCACUCACAUAGUUCUGAAAACUCUAAAAAUGAGAUUAACAUAAAGGAAUCAAAGACUUCACUAAAUGAGAGACCAAGACCUGUUGGAGCAUCAGCAGAAAAGGAAAUACAAGAGGACAUAGCUGACCAAAAAUCAGGCGAGAAAAAUCUAGAAGAAAGACCAGUGCAAAUCAUCAUUAAAGCUGAAAUAUCUAGUGUUCACCCAGAAUCUGAAUUAAAAGAUCAGUUUUUGCCUCCCAUUUAG